GUGGCAGGAUCAGUGGGGAAAGGGAUCUCACCAACGAGAGCCGACAAACUAUGGAGCGAUAUGCAACAGGAGGAGACAAGAGAGGAAGCUCGACUUUGCCGCAUGGAUAUUAAUGUUUACAUGCUAACUAAAUAUAGCCCGUAAAAAAAAAUAGUUCUAACUGUUACAGUCGACCUGCCUGUCUGCCAAAUCAGAGGACCAGAAUCGAAAGCAAUGUUUUUGAGAUCGAGAGAGUGGAUUAUGUUACAUGCUGAUUUGGAUAACGCUCGCGCUGCUACUGUAAGAUCUUUCCGACACUUGUUGAAAUGACAUUUCGAAAUCUUCUCCACAAGGGAAGUAUUCGCUAAUGAAAACAUUGCUAACAACUAUAUUUGGGCGUAAUUCAAACUAACUGCCGAGGGCAACGUAGCAAAAAUGGUUUUAGAUAGCUAAAGAUUUGUAAACUAACGUUAGUUGCGCUUCUCUGCUGUUCGUGUCGCAUUACGCGGUAGCUACUGUACGAGCUAGUUGCGUAGCUGUAAUUUCUAUCGAUGAACAUUUUUACACGCUGCAUAAAAUGACAGUUUUGAUAGCUUUGAAGAGGUUGAAGUACUUAUUAGGUAUUUAGCUACGCGUAUUGCCUCACUUGACAAUGCAUUGUUGGAUACGUCCUCAAAUAACGUUACUAUUUUAAGCUAAAUUGUUAAUGAAGAAAAUGGAAGUGACAGGUAGCUAGCUAGCACUGGUACUCUCUCACACUAGCUAGUUAGCAUAACUAGCUACUGAUUGAGUUUCAAACAAGUUGUUGGCUUUCAAACAAGUUGUUGGCUUGUUAUUAGUUUAGCUAACUAUUUACAAAUGUAAAUGUUUUCACAUGCAUUGACAAUACGUUGGGAUGUAUAAAACUCAAUAACUUCGGUAAGCGUUACUUGCUGGCACCGUAAACACAUAUUUUGGAAUUUGAUUGUUUACAAACACUUGUCAGCUGAACUGUUCACUAUUGUUAACUUAUGUGGCUAUCAAGCUAACGUUAGGUAGCACCGAAGAUUUGCCAACGCGACGAUUUGAAGCAGCACUGAUGGAUUCGUUCAAAGUGGACUGACAAUCAAAACCACACUAUCGAUAUUUGUGCCCCAAGCACUCGCUUUACAUUUUUUAAGUAAAGUUUUGAAACUGUGCGGCCCACACCAUGUCCGGAUCCCCGGGCUCGGGUGGCUCAAACCCCAGGAAGUUCAGCGAAAAGAUAGCGCUGCACAACCAGAAACAAGCAGAGGAGACGCGGGCCUUCGAUCAGCUGAUGACAGAUCUCACUGUCUCAAGGGUGCAGUUCCAGAAGAUCCAACAGCUACGUCAGACCCAGACCAGGGCCCAGUACUAUGGAGGCUCCCUGCCCAACGUCAACCAGAUCGGCAACGCUUGCGCUGACUUCCAGGGUGGCUUCCCAGGGGCCUUGGACAGUGUCAGGGGGACACGUCACCAUGGCCUGGUAGAGAGGGUGCACCGGGACCGCAACCAACGCAUUAACUUGCCUCACCGCCGGCCCAUCGACAAGCACGGACGGCAGAUGGAGAGCUCCCCGUACGCAACAGUGUACCUGUCCCCUCCGCCGGACAACAACUGGAGAAGGGAGCAGCAGCUGUGGGCCGAGGAGAAACGACCAGGAUUUAGAUUAAUAUCACAGCUCAACAGAACCAACUCGGACUCGGCUCUUCAUACGAGUGCCAUGAACCCCCAGGACCCCUUUGGCAUGAACCAGCAGAUGGGCAGAGGGCCCCCCCAGCGCAACGCCAGUGUGAACGAGGCGGAGGUGGACGGCUCUGGAGAUGUGUUCUCCUUCCCAUCCCUGUCUAAUGAGGAGGGUCUGAUGGGUGUCAGCAAGCCCCUGCCCAAGCAACUGUGGGAGGCCAAGAAGGUUCAAUCCCUCUCAUCACGGCCCAAAUCCUGUGAAGUGCCUGGAAUCAAUAUAUUCCCGUCUCCAGAGCAGAACGCGGGCCUCUCCAACUACCAGGGCUCGUUGAACACGGGCGGUUCCCUGCCAGACCUCAGCAACCUGCACUUCCCCUCACCGCUGCCCACACCCCUGGACCCAGACGACGGGCACCAUGGAGGGGGCGGCUACCACCCCAACCUGAGCGGGGGCAGCAGCACAGGCAACCUGCCCGCCGCCAUGAUGCACCUCGGCAUAGGGAAUCACCAGGGAGGCUGGACUGAAGGAGGUCUCUCGUCCUCUCUGAGCAAUCCUUCCAUCCAGAACUCUCUCCAAAACUCCCAGCUGCACUCGUCCCUCAGCAAUCCCUCCAUCCACUCGUCCCUCCGUCUGACGUCCCUCUCCAACCCUCCGCAGGGAGCCAUGAGCAGCUCGCCUCGCCGCCGCCCGGCUCCCAUCAGCCCCCUCACUCUGUCACCCGGCACCGAGCAACGGCGGGGGCUUUCUAAGCAGCUGUCUCCCACAAUGUCGCCCUCACUGUCCCCCAUCACACAGGGGGUUGCCUUGGACACCAGCAGCUUGCCAAUGGAACCUCCCCCUCCCUACCCACUCUACCAACAGCUACACCAACAGUCCCAGCAUUCAAUGGGACAACAACAACAACGCCAGCAACAACGUCAUCAUCAUCAUCAACAGCAGCAGCAGCCAGUGUCCCCUCUACAGAACAUCUCUCUGGACUUCAACUCUGGUCAUAACAACAUGGCGGCGUUCUUCAAUGACCCGUUCAUGGACCCACAGUUCUCCAGUCGCCAGGCCAAGGCACUGUCCUACCAGGUAAACCACCAGGGAGAAGGCUCUAGAGAAGGAUCCUCCGGAAAGGACUUCAUUCCUUCAUUCACAUUGGACCAGUUCAGCAUGUUGGAGAGUGCCAUGAGCCAAAUUGCAGGGGGUUCGUGUUUCGACCCAUCCUCGCCCUCUUCCUCGCCCCUAUACUGCUCGCAGGCCGCCCUCAUGGGCCUGGGUGGGAGCCAUGGCAACUUGCAGGACCAGCUGCAGCAGAUGAGACCCAACAACAACUACAACUGCAGUGGAGGGGUGCCCAAUAUUAUACUGACUGAUGACUCCAACCCCAAUCAUUCCAAGGACAUCAGCAGUGCCAUGUCGGCCGGCAACAUGGCUGACUGUUUCGACUCGGAGGUGAGCUUCCCACUGGAGCAUGAGCUGCGCAUCGAGCCCUUGAGCCUGGACGGUCUGAACAUGCUCAGUGACCCCGACAUGGUGCUCUCUGACCCCUCGGUGGAGGACAGUUUCCGCAGCGACAGACUGUAAUCGGGCACGCACACAUACACACGCAGACUGUAUUGGCCAGGUAGCGUGGGUUAAACCUGGUUAAACUUGAAUGAUCCCCACCUCCCUCACACACUCAUGGCAUGCAUAUCCAGCAGCAUGCGUAUGCUGUUUUUUAAGGCAUUUACACAAACACACUAUUUCAGAGGAAUAGACUUGUGUACAAUCACUGUUUACAUGGGCUUCACAUGUAAAUGCCACACACACGCUCAUACCUACGUUGUGCAUAGUCAUUUGGAACGGAUGGACUGAUGUACCAUUGAUUGAUAUUCUUUUUUUUUUUUACCAACAUUACAUCAGCACUGAGCAUUACUAUAACGUUACUAUAACGUUCCUAUAGUGUUCCUCCACCUAUAUACAGUUGAAGUUGGAAGUUUACAUACACUUAGGUUGGAGUCAUUAAAACUCAUUUUUCAACCACUCCACAAAUCUCUUGUUAACAAACUAUAGUUUUGGCAAGUCGGUAAGGACAUCGACUUUGUGCAUGACACAAGUAAUUUUUCCAACAAUUGUUUACAGACAGAUUAUUUCACUUAUAAUUCACUGUAUCACAAUUCCAGUGGGUCAGAAGUUUACAUACACUAAGUUG